UGAGAGAACUGAAGGAAAGCGGGGCCUCGGUUGGAAAAAUAUGAACAAUUUUGUGCUCUUAAAAAUUAUUGAUUUUUCAUAGUUAAAAAAGCCAUGAGACGCGACUAAUUGGACUCACAAACCCGUGUGAACACUCAAGAACGCUUAUAUCAAAUAAAUUCACUCUGUUAUUGCUGUGAAAAUUGUUUUUUCUGUCCGCUAAGCAUUUUUAUAUCGAAAGCCCAAUUCAAGUGCAGCAGUAUUUACACAAUCUAGUCGAUACAGUUUCUAAUAUUUGUACUUAAACCCUGUGAUAGAACCUUAUUGGUUGACCGACUGACGUGACCGCCAAAGAGUAUUUAUAAUGUUAAAGUAAUUUUGUAGUCUGUGGUCAAAUGUCAGAAGACAAAAUGGCCGUGCCGCCACAGCAGUUCUGUGUCAGAUGGAACUCCUACCAUACUAACUUACAGUCUGUAUUCCCUCGUCUACUCCUGACGGAGCAGUUCGCUGAUGUUACGCUGGCCUGCGAGUCUAGACAGCUCAGAUGCCACAAGCUGGUGCUGUCAGCGUGCUCGGCGUACCUGGAGAAGCUCUUACUCCAGAACCCCUGCAAGCACCCGAUUGUCCUCAUGAGAGAUAUGAGAUUUAGUGAAAUGCAAGCCCUUGUCGACUUCAUGUAUAAAGGCGAGGUGAACGUGACGCAAGAAGAGCUGCCAAGUCUACUUAAAUCUGCCGAGGCCCUGCAGAUACGAGGUCUGUGUUCCAGUGACCCCGGCUCGUUGUCUGAGCUCAAGAGUGACAGCAAGGACUACGCGGUGGCCAGUGAAGCACUUGUUGCGCAUGCGCAACGCGACGCCACCGAAUCUACCCAACAAAAACAAACAAACGGACCCAAGAAACACAAGACGGAAGAGAGAGAGAGAUGCUCGGAGGUGAAGGAAGAGACAGUGGAAGAAGACGGGCUGUAUUACGGAGAGUUGGACCAGGACCAUAUGGAGUACAAUGAGGAGGAAGAGACUAGUAAACCGGGAAGUAGCUUAGGACAAACGUCGGAGUUCGCAAUAGCCAACGUGCAGUGCCAAUAUGACGGCAGUGAUUCAGAAGGUGAGCACCGUGGACCGCGAGCGCCGAGUGACCACAACUACGACACCAGAGAUGAACCACCAGCCUUCAUCAUCCAACAAGUUUCCAGGCCGCCGCAGAGUACUCCCCCGCAGGGUCCCUACGUGGAGGUGACUCCUGCCAUCAUGACCAUCGGGCCUGGCUACGUGCCUUCAGUCAACGUCAUCCAUGUAGGAGAUAGACCUCCGACGAGUCAAUCGCAGCCAGAGUUCAGCAUCAACAAGCGCAUCCGGCGCAGCGAGGUCGUGCUGCGGCAGGCGGCUGAAUGUGUGAGCAAGGGGCUGACCUUCCAGACCGUCUCCGAGCAGUUCAACAUCCCCAUAUCCACAAUACGUUUCUUCAUGGCUCGGAAGGGAAUUCUGCCGCGGCGGCGUCGCGGACGCACAACUCAUGUUGGACUCGACGAAUUCCAGCUGAACCAACAGAGCCCGAGUCCUGAGCCUCUCUUCCACAUGCAGCACUUCAAACUGCCGGAUAUGAUAGGGUUCCCUGAUGAAGAUCAGCCUUCUGCCAGCGAUAAAGCCACAGAGUAAAGAGAAGAAGCAUAUAGUGUUAACAGUGCCGGAUUAAGCAAGCGCGGGGCCCGUAGCAUACUCUUUCAAAGAGAAUUAAAUUGGAAAUAUUCGGUUACCGAGUGUCUGAAGAUGAUUCUCUUAGUUGGAAAAGUUGUACUUAACGUUUCACGCUUUUGUGAAUUAUCAAGUAAAUUCAAUAUACCACAUCUUAAUAAGUUUCACUCAAAUAAUUACACUCAGGCAGCGAUGAGUGGGUUUAAAUAUGCUGGGCCCACUUUCGCGCGGGCCCGUAGCAAUUUCUACUCUUUUUAUUAUGCGUGUUUAAUCCGGCACUAAGUGUAAAGUAACUUGUACCAAGUGUACAGCUGUAUAGUAACGGUGUAAAGUGACUUUAGAUUGUGAAAAAACGUAAUUUAAGAAAGUAUUGCUAAGUGUAAGUACAAUUGAAAAUGUUAAAUUGUAAAGUCACUUUAUACUGAAGAGGUGUAAAGUUGCUUUAAGCCUGAAAAGUGAACUGUAUUUAGAUUUUAAUAACAACAACUGUAGCGUGCGUCAUAAACUUAAACUGUAAAUAUUAUUCCCAUGAAAUAAGCAAAGCUAUUAAAAUAUAUUUUAGACACUUAGAUUUUGAAAAUCGUAGUAGCCCAGCAUUUCAAAUAAUUUAAAAACGUUUCCGAAAAGUGCCACAGAUUGAUGGAAAUGUUAAAAUUAUUUGUAUAACUGUGACAGGACCGAAUAAAAUAAAUAAAUAGUAAGUACGUUAUAAUAAUUAUUAUUGUCUAGCCUAAAAAAUAUUAUGAAUGAGAUGAACGUAUAUUUCGAAAUUUUGGUACAGACAAAAUCACAGAUAAGCGUUUGGAUUAAUUAAAUACACAGAAAACGUAAAAAGUCUGGAAGGGUAAUGUACACCAACAGCGGCGCCGUCACUAUGAUCAAACAAUCAUACUUACGGCCCAGGAUCACGCCAACGACCUUCAGCUUUUGGGCGGAGCUAGCUAUCUCGACACACCAGUCCCGUACAAAUAUAAUUCGUAAAAUAGUCAGCGGUACAGUGCCUCCCGUCGCCCGCACACGGACCCGCAAACGGCUGUUUGUAAUUAAUAUAGUUUAUAGACACCAAUAUCAAAGUAAUAUGUUCUUUUUAACUUUUAAAACAUUCGCUUUUUAAAGAAUUAAGAUGGCUAUUUUCUCUUGUUAAAGCGAUAAAAAUAUCAGUAGUAGUUUGGAAGCAAAAGUUGAAGACAGCUUCAUUUCAAUAUUUUUUAUUACAUAGUAUUUUCCGUACUACAAAAUUCAUUGUAUGUUUUUGUAUGUUAUUUUCGACACAACAAAAUUUAUAAGAACUAUUUUUCGAUAAUAGUAACCGUUGAUGAGAUAUUUGCGAAUUUACUUUAUGAAUGUACUACUGUGUGAAAGUAUCACAAUUAUUCACAAUAUCUUUGUCUGGUUUGAGAGCAUCGUUGUAUUUUAGAUCAAAAAGAAGAAACAUAAUAUUUUUCAUAUAAGUUCUCAAAAGUAUUUUUUGUAUCUCUCAUAGAUAUUAUUUGUGAUUGAUUGAUUUAUGAGUAAUUUUGAUUAUUCAAAUAAAAAUAUAUAAAUACGCCCGUUCUUCAAGCUAUGUAUGUAACUGAAAUGAUUUGUAAAACGAUGAUAAAUAUCGAUUUAAAAGAGUAGCAAUGAGUUUCUUGGAACUUCUUCUCAUUAAAGCUCAACCUUUUGCGAAAUGGCCGUAAAUGUAAAAAGAAUGGAAAUUUUUGACAUUCAUAAGUGUGCGAUUUGAUAAAUGAUGAUUAGGUAAUACGAACAAUCAGUAGGUAAUCUUUUGAAUACGCCAUAAUCCUUCUUCACUGUUAUGGUAUAGGUAUACCAUAAAUAUUCUUUGGUUGUAACUAAAAGUGUAGAUUUUUGUUUAUAAUGCUUUCACGCAUUAGACUACUUAACCGGUCAUCGCACGUGGUCAAAGUAAAAUUAAGAAUAAAUAACAACUCUAUUAUUAUUGGGUAGGUAUUUAAUAAUUAAAUUUAAUUAAAAGCCUAUAUUUUACUCAAAAUUGGUGGUCUUUGAGAACUGUUACUUACGGUAAUUAUUAAAAUAAUGGAAUAAAUUAAAGUUUUUAAGAAAUUAUUAAAUUUAGAGAUCUAAGGUGUUAGUUGGUAAAGUGUAAAGUAUCUAUCACGUGUAAAGUGGAUCUUAUGUGUGUAAAAUUUGUGUAAAUUGUAGUUUACAUGUUGUGUAACAAAUUAUGUAACUUUAUGUAAGUAGUUAGGUUUGUUCCAUGUGAUUUAAUUAGAUUAAGAAAGAGUACAGAGGUCGCAGGUUCGAUUAGUGCUGGUAACAACUGUUAAAUACUUAAUUACCUACUGUAUGCAUUAAAUUGCCUCUUAGGAUUAUUUAUCACCGGGACACCAUACCGACAUCAGAGUCACCACACCACACUGAGACGGUAUCAAAAUAUACCUCGAAGACUACCACUACCAGCAGUAGUAACUUUAUAUGUUAUUUAGUGCAAGUCAGGAUAGGAUACAAAAGUUAGAAUAGCAUUCAAAUGAGUAUAACAAUAUUCAUUAAUUUAAUUUUGAAACAUUAAUCCCAACUCUCUAUAUCAUUCAAAUAAUAUUUCACAUUAUAAUAGGCCUUAUAUUAUGUUAAUUUAUUUUUACGAUACAUUAUAAUUUUUAAUUGGUAAUAUUUUAAUAUCAUGUGGUAGUUCAUUAUAAGAUUUAGCAUUUUAACGGUCCCUAGCAGAUGGAAUAUUAAGUUUGUAAGAAGGAAAAAAAAAUUAAGAGAAAACAGGAAACAGUGGUGGGUUCGUCCUUAUUUUGGGCUUAGCGUUUCAUUUUUAAGUCUCUGUCAUAAUAAUCUGAUGAGGAAUUAUCCUGAAUUGAUGGUUUACUUUGAAUUUCAAUAAUAAACCUUUCUGUAUCGAAAUUAUUCAUAGUAUGCCAUUUUUAACAAACGAAAUUAGAAAACAAAACACAACAGUGCAUACGUGUUGCAUGCAAUGAGGUGAGAGCGUCCUGCGUCACUGAGAGUAAAAAUAUUCUUUGGUAACUGGCAGCCGGACUAACGGCCGAGUGAGUCAGACUCUAUAGUAAUUAGUGGUGGCGCGAGUUAGGAUGCGGGCGAGGGCAGUAGGGUUUUUAAAAAGAAUACAAGGCUGCUCACAGUGCAGAUCAAGACUAACUUUAAUAAUCAAAACUUAAUCUAUAUAAACAUGGUAUGUGCGUCAUCAAACAAAGAGCUAUUAUGCCAAUGACACGUAAUCUUUAUUACCUAUUUAGGAUAGAUAAUGAUAUGUAACCUUGUGUUACAAGAACAUAACUCCUCCCCCCUUAAGAGUGAGGCGCGCCGAAGACUGCAGCAGGUGGUGAUGACCUGCUUCUUCAACGACUUGAUGCUGUCCUGAGGAUAGGGCGGAUUUACGCCAUUGUCGGUAUUUGUAGACUGCUAUUCCUAAACCUGCUGUGAUUAGUGACAUAUAUAGGCAUAUCGUGGGUGGUGGUGGCAUAUACCAGCUGGGUGUACUGGAAACGGCUGCGGGGCUGAAUUCUGGUGCUGAGAUUUCCUCUGAUUUUCUUAAGACGUCUUUUAGAUUGUCUAGUUCGAUUUCUUCUAGGUUAAUUUUUAUUGGUGAGGUCUUUGGAGUUUGAUUAGCACGAGGUAAAGGUAUUGUUUCCUUAAUAUUUAUGUAUUUUUGGCGAGUACUUAGUACUCUGUCCAUGACUUGAACUUGGCGGUUAUUAUCAAUUGUGAUAAGGCAGACACCUUUAUUACUUUGAUAUUAGACAUCGUUAACGCAUAUGGUUUUUAUUACUUCUUCUUGCUUCAUGAUUAUGAUCCAGCUAUUUUCUUCGAUUUGCUGAAUAAUUUUAUCAGCAAAACUCGCUGUUGCGUAAUUGCAGUCGUGUGGUUCCGGGGUGGUGGGGUGUUUGGUGUUGUAUCAAUUGUGCUAUGCAAUCGUCAGAAUGUAGUAAUUUCUGCCAUUCUAAGUGUUUACAUAUGACGUUGUUAUCUUCUAUCCCGGUGCAUGGCUCGUGGGGGUAUGGGAACUCAUCGUUUCCCAAGAUAAGAAUAGGAUUUUUGGGGAUAAGGAUAGAUAUAACUACAAUGGCUUUUUCCCAAAGGUGAAUAGUUUUUGUUUGGUGCAAAUGCUAAGUUAUAAUUGACUUCAUUUUGUACAAAGUUUAAUUCUUCGAUAAGAUCGGCCGGGUCUAUAGUGCUAGUGUGCAUUAUACCAAGGUGUGCAAAGGUAAUCACGUCUUCCAGUGUUUCUAGUCUAUCGUAGAGCUGUUGCAACGAUCUCUCUAUUAUAUUGAAUAUAUUUUUAGUUUCCGAUCUUGUUUCUAAUUCGUUUUUAUAAGAUGAGUAUCUAUCUAUAGCUCUAUAGAUUUCUUUAUUGAUUUUUACUGAUAUGCUUUAAGUUUAAUUCAUAAUUUUUCAUGAAGUCUGUAGUAAUACUUAACGAUUUCUUUAAACUAAGUGCGUUGUUAUUUAAUGCAGUACGAGUGUUUUUGAUUUCAUUUUCAAACUUAAUGGCGUCGUUUUGAUCGAGGUUGCCCGUGAUUGACUUUAUAAUUGACCCUAAUCCGUCUAUUAAACCACACUUAUUUUUAGAGCUAGAUUUAAAUCCUAUAGGUUCUAAUCCUAGGUACCUGUGUUUUGUAAUCUUGGUUUUAUUUGCGGUUUAAUCGCAUUGGUUUUCAAUUGUUUUGCGCGCCUAGCCCUUAACUUAACUUCUUCCUGUUUCGCGUAUGUUACUGCCUGGUCUAGGUUGGCUGCAUGUUUUAACUUUAUAGCCAUGGCUGUUAAAGGGUUAAGUUUAUCUAAAAAUGUUUCUAGGGACAUUUGUUCGUAAAAUAUCCGCUUUUGUGGUUCUAUCGCUAUAAGAGCACUUGUGAUUGUUUUAAUCUUUUCGCUGAAUACUUCAAGUGGGCCUUCUUUAGUUAUACUCAUAAGUUCUUGCACUAACUGUAUUUCAGUCUUAGGACUGUUAAAUUCGGUGAAUUUAGAUUCACCGAUUUUUUUUUGUAAUAUGUCCUUUAUUUGGGGCCAUGUCAUUGCGCCAGGGCUCUCAGAGAGAGGUUCUACAGCUUUACCUGAUAGUUUAUUUCUAAUCAUUCAUGCGACACUAACUCUAAUGCGCUUCCACACCUUCUAUGUAGAAUGCUAAAGUUUUUUUGUUGCCAUCGUACCUGGGUAACAAUGUGCUUAAUGUUGCAUAAUCUAUUACGAUAGGUUUUUUCCUCGCGUUCAGCCAUUUCAAUCCGAAAUGACAAAAAAAAAAGUAUAUCAGUAAUAGUUAAUCGAUAAAAUAACACACUAAAAACACUUAUAGUUGCAAGUGAUAUAAUAGUUGUUAAGGAAAAGUACUAGGAUCUUGGGAGAAACAGAGUUUUAUAUUUACACCACAAGCAUUGCCGAAGAUCGGGUCCUAGAGUUGUUGGUUGAGUCUUCCACGCUGUUGUUGCUGCCUGCUGCCCAGCCCGCUGUAGGUUCUUCUCACGUCGUCUUAAGGAAGCAGAGGAAUUUCUCUACUACUAACUUAUUUAAGAACCUGCCGACUGCGCCAGUGUGUGCGUGUGUUCUGCUCACAGUGCAGAUCAAGACUAACUUUAAUAAUCAAAAAUUAAUCUAUAUAAACAUGGUAUGUGCGUCACUAAACAAUGGGCUAGUAUAUUAUGUUGAUAUGGCUUUUACAAGGAAGCCAUUGACACGUAAUCUAUAUUACCUAUUUGGGAUAGAUAAUGAUAUGUAACCUUGUGUUACAAGGACAUAACCCGCGACCAGUAAUAUUCUGUGCACGCAUCCGAACUGGUUGCGUAACUAAACGGUCACCAGGUGAGUAACUCUCUAUAGAGCUGUAUAUAUUUUGUUGGUAGCGGCGACUGGUUGCGUCACGGUGGUGUCCCGGUUAAAUAUAGCCCUUAGUAUGUUGAUAAGGAAUUAGUUUAACCAACGAUUAGUAAUAUAUAUGCCUUCUUGUAAAGUGUCUGGAAAUCAGUCCGAUCUAGAUGAUUAUUAUAUCCUGUGAUUACUAUAAAAAAUCUGAGUUGACAGCUUCCCUGUCAAAUUCAGAGACCCGGUUACAUUAUCUGUGGACCUGACGUAGAUGACGUCACAUCGUCGCUUUGUUACGGUGUGCAUAACAAGCAUCACUCGGAUAUUAUUAUUAACAAAUUAACAACGAUUUAUUUUUUCAGUAUUAUAAAUCGAUGUAAAGGUAUUGUGUUCUGAUGCUGAUUAUUAUUGUUAUAAUUAAGAAAAAUCUAUGAAAGAAUCUGGUUUAAGUAAAAAAAACUAAUGUUCUGCUAGACCUGUUAUAGCGACACAGAACAUUCCGUUUUUCUGACUACAGAACUGUUAACAAUAAAUGUCAAAACGCUAUCAAUAAUCACUAUGAACAACCAAUAUCACGUGUACUUAUCUAACGGUAAUGAAAAUGCAGACCGUACAUGACGAGCGCGAGGGGGUGGGUGGGGAUCCAGCGAGGACUAGAGAUAUUGUGGUCGUGUAGUACAUAUUAUAUCCUGUGAUUGUUAAAGAUCUGAGUUGACGGCUUCCUCGUCAAAUUCAGAGGUACUUACGAUCUUUGAUUUAAAUAAAUCUUUUUAAUAAAACGUAAUAAUAAAGUAUGGUGCCACAUCAGUAUUAAAAAGUGUUUAUGUAAGAGUAAAUAAUACUUCUACUGAAAAUAAAAUAUAAACGAUUAACUGAAAAAAUAAAAAUAUUAAUUAACAAAUAAAAUUGUUCCUUGAGUAUAGAAAUCCCAUAAAAUUAGUAUACUAGCGUAAUACACAAACACUCCUCAUUACGGCGAGACUAAAUUUAAAAUGUUCAUAUGUGCUAGUUUUACACAUAUGUUGUGU